CGACGGCGGCUUUCCUCCGGGUCCGGCGAUCUAGCGGACCGGCGCGAGACUCGCGGGCCGGCGGGAGGAAGCGGGCGUUGAGAGGCGGCUGGAGCCAUGGCGGAGUCGGCGCCUGCCCGGCACAGGAGAAAACGGCGCUCCACACCUUUAGCUACCUCCAUGCCUUCUUCACAAACGGGAGAGAAAAGCCCUUAUUUUCAGACUGCAGAGAUCUCGCUCUGGACUGUGGUGGCUGCUCUUCAGGCUGUGGAGAAGAAGAUGGAGUCCCAGGCUGCUCGGCUACAGAACCUGGAGGGACGCACAGGGACCGCCGAGAAGAAACUGGCUGACUGCGAGAAGACCGCCGUGGAGUUCGGGAACCAGCUGGAGGGCAAGUGGGCCGUGCUGGGGACCCUGCUGCAGGAGUACGGGCUGCUGCAGCGGCGCCUGGAGAAUGUGGAGAACCUGCUGCGGAACAGGAACUUCUGGGUCCUGCGGCUGCCCCCAGGCACCAAGGGCGAAGCCCCCAAGGUGUCCAAGUCCCUUGAGAACGAUGGUGUCUGCUUCUCUGAGCAGGAGUGGGAGAACCUGGAGGAAUGGCAGAAGGAACUGUACAGAAACGUCAUGCAGAGCAACUACGAGACGCUGGUUUCUCUCAAGGUCCUUGGCCAGCCGGAAGAAGAAGAAGCAGAAUUGGGUACCGAGAUGCUGGGUGACUUGGAGGAAGAAGGCCCUCAUGGAACCCACCUGGUGGAUGGGGCCAUGGGCAAGCAGGAGGGCUUGGCAGGUCUUCCUAGCAGAUUCGUUGGCACUGCUGAAGAGCAGGCAUUCCUGGGUUCGGAGCAGGCCGAGCUCUGGGAUGGUCAGGAUGGUUCUGUCCUCUUAGAAUCAGGCCCUGGGGUUUCCAACUUGGAAGAACCCACGGAGGACAACAGAGACCUCGCCAGUGCCAGAACUCUGGACUGCCCACAGAAGCAGAAGUCCCGUAGGCAGGUACUCUUGGGUCAGGAAUGUGAACCAGGCCCAAAGCUGAAAAGGGACGCUUCUGGCCCCUAUGAGUGUUCUGAGUGUGAGAUCAGCUUCCGCUCUAAGCACCAGCUAGUCACACAUCUGCAGAGCCACUCAGGAUGGGAGCCUCGCCCUGCCACAGAGCCAGAGGAGAGCCAUAGGCCCCGGCCACGGCUGAAACCACAGGCCAGGAAGACAAAGCUGUAUCAUUGUGAUGCGUGCCAGCGGAGCUUCAGCUGUAAACUGAGCCUCAUGACCCACCAGCGCUGCCACCUGCAGGAGGGGCCCAGCGCCAGCCCGCGUGUCCAGGAGAGGUUCUCACCUAAUAGCCUUGUCGCGCUACCUGGCCACAUCCCCUGGAGGAAAAGCCGGAGCUCCCUCAUCUGUGGGUACUGUGGCAAGAGCUUCAGCCACCCGUCUGACCUGGUCCGGCACCAACGCAUCCACACAGGCGAGCGGCCCUACAGCUGCUCUGAGUGUGAGAAGAGCUUUGUGCAGAAGCAGCACCUCCUGCAGCAUCAGAAAAUCCACCAGCGGGAGCGGGGCGGGCCCGCCCCAGAGCCGGGAAGGCCUAAUGGCUUACUUUAAGGGCGCAGCCCCUCGCCGUCGGGGGCGGAGAGGGGUGGCAUUGAUCUCCCCGAAAAGACACUGUGUGGAGUCAGAGACUGACUGCAUCCUGAGGGGAACUUCUGGGUUGCCUUCCCUUGACCAAGUAUGAGCCGAGCCCAGAUGCUGUCCUGAGACAUGUGGGGCGGGGCUGGCGUCUCAGCCCAUUCUCCCUGCCAGCUGGGUUUGCUAUCUCUGGCCCCUUCAGAUGUCUACUUUUCUCAUCCUUCUGAGAUUUAGGGGCUGGGGUAUACAUUCUCACCCCUCAGGGACUGCUGGCCAGUUCUAGGGCUUCUCCCAGAAUUUUCCAUCUUCCCAUCUUCUCACAGGAGUGAGCUGGUGUGUGGAAAAGUUGUGGGUGGUGUGACUCUCCAUUUUCCCUAUUGUAGUCUCUUUGUUAAUAACAGGUAGGAAUAAUUUAAAUUAACUGCUUUAUCCUGCUUUUGUAGUUAGAUUCUUACUGAUUUUAAAAAUAUAUAGCCCAAUACUUUUUUUCCCUUUUUUAAUUUCAAGAGUUGAAGUUGUUCCUAAUACAGGAAUUGGGCCUACCCUCUAGGAGGGAAUCAUUCAUGGGGCUCUUUUAGCCCACCCACACUUCAGCUGGAGAACUGGGCUUCCCCUGGAUGGUGGUCAUUGCUCAGAAGGACCAAGAGGAAAAGGUGGAGGGAGACCCUGAACCCCCUGCAAGAAUGAAAACUACAAGGGAGCCGGAGCCAGUGGCGGGGGGUUGCAGGGUCUCACCGCGGCCUCUCCUGCCCUGCCCUGGCUUUCUGUGCCUGCUGGGUUAGAAGACUGCUGUUUGAGUUUGCUCCUCUUACCUGAGCUGUCACUUGAGGUUGUUCAAAGUACACUUUCCCAAUUCUGUCUCAGAGGUGAUGGA